AUCACCAGCUUUCCCUCGAAUCCCAAAUUCUCUCUUUCUCUUCAUCCUCUCCCCCGCUCAUCGGGUCCUCAUUCAAACAAUUUCCUCCAGAUAUGAAGACAGAUCACGAUCCGGGCGACACAGACGCUGCUGCGUCGCCUCGCCCAGCACUCCAGUCUCACGUCGCGUUCUUCGACACUGACGGGGACGAUAUAAUCUGGCCACUCGACACGUAUGACGCUUUCCGCGGAUUCCUCGCCAUUGGAUUCAAUCUCCUCAUCUCGCUGUUUGCGACCCUGGUGAUCCAUGCCGGCUUUUCAUACCUGACUUGGGGAACGCUGCUUCCCGAUGUGUUCUUCCGUAUCCGUGUCUCGAAGAGCCAACGCGGCAUCCACGGAUCGGACACCGGAGCGUUUACUCAGACAGGCGAGCUGGACGAGAAGCGCUUCAAUUACGUAUGGGACCUGUACACCGCGGCUCCGCAUGAAUACAUGUCGUUCGGCGAAGGGGUUCGGAUGAUCCAGGCGAACAGGAACCCGUUCGACUUUUUCGGUUGGUUCGCGGCCGCGUUUGAAUGGCUGGCUACGUAUCUGCUGCUGUGGCCGGAGGAUGGACGUGUUAGCAAGCAGGAUGUACACGAUGUCAUGGACGGAUCGCUAUUCUACAAGCUGGCGAAGAAGACUCGGGAUAAGCGGGAUGCUGACAAUGCUUCGCGCUCCUAUGCCGAGGUGGUCAGCGACACCAAACGCUCGGAGUGAGACAAACUGUGGGGCUAUCUCGGCUAGGAACAGUAUUGAAGCGCGAGAAAAGUCCAGCGUUCCGGAUCACGAUUUCCAUACAGCUGUCGCAGUAAUCGACAUAUUCUCGCACAUUUAUGAUAAAUUCAGUUCGUGGGUGCCGAUCGGCUCUCUUUCUAUACCAGGAACAAGGACCAGCAGGGUCAGAUCCCUGUUGUGCGGCUUUCGGAUACUCUGGGUGCCUUGCUCAGACUCGCAGACAUAUAUGUCAUCCGCAUCUGACGACAUUGAGCCUGAUCUCGAGAGGCUCAAGGGUAUGUCCGUUUUCGGCCUCUCGAAUGUACAUAAUCUAGCCGUGACUAAGGAUAUCACAAUGCUUCUGUUGGUAGGUUGACUACUGGAAGCAUGUACUGCGUUGCUGUAAAAUCAUGAGCCUGGACCUAUGCGGGGGUUGACG